AUGAUGAAACAAGGCCCCGUUACCGAUCCACCGUUGCCGAUUCACUGUUACCGAUUCACCGUUACCGAUCCAUCGUUACCGAUUCACCGUUGCCGAUUCACCGUUACCGAUUCACCGUUACCGAUCCAUCGUUACCGAUUCACCGUUGCCGAUUCACCGUUACCGAUUCACCGUUGCCGAUUCACCGUUACCGAUCCAUCGUUACCGAUUCACCGUUACCGAUUCACCGUUGCCGAUUCACUGUUACCGAUCCAUCGUUACCGAUUCACCGUUACCGAUUCACCGUUGCCGAUUCACCGUUACCGAUCUAUCGUUACCGAUUCACUGUUACCGAUUCCCCGUUACCGAUCCAUCGUUACCGAUUCACCGUUGCCGAUUUACUGUUGCCGAUCCAUCAUUACCGAUUCACCGUUACCGAUUCACCGUUGCCGAUUCACCGUUACCGAUUCACCGUUGCCGAUUCACUGUUACCGAUCCAUCGUUACCGAUUCACCGUUACCGAUUCACCGUUACCGAUUCACUGUUGCCGAUUCACCUUUACCGAUCCAUCGUUACCGAUUCACCCUUACCGAUUCCCCGUUACCGAUCCAUCGUUACCGAUUCACCGUUGCCGAUUCACUAUUACCGAUCCAUCGUUACCGAUUCACCGUUGCCGAUUCACCGUUACCGAUCCAUCGUUACCGAUUCACCGCUACCGAUCCACCGUUACCAAUUCACCGUUACCGAUUCACCGUCAGUCAGUUAAAUGCCAUAUAA